AUGGGAUUCAUGACUCGGCUACUGUCGGGCAUUUUGCUAGCAUUGCUUGCCCUCCCUUCUGAAGGUGGGGUCCUGAAGAGAAUCAUCCGACACAAGCGACAGAGUGGGGUGAAUGUCACCUUGCCAGAGGAGAAUCAGCCAGUUGUGUUUAAUCAUGUCUAUAACAUCAAGCUACCCGUGGGGUCACAGUGUUCUGUAGAUCUGGAAUCAGCCAGUGGGGAAAAAGACCUGUUCGCACCUUCAGAGUCCAGUGGAAGUUUCCAAGAACACACCGUGGAUGGAGAGAAUCAAAUCGUGUUCACACAUCGCAUCAACAUUCCCCGCCGGGCCUGCGGCUGUGCUGCUGCCCCAGAUGUGAAGGAUCUGCUGAGCAGACUGGAGGAGCUAGAGGCCCUGGUGUCCUCCCUGAGAGAGCAGUGCACCAUGGGAGCAGGCUGUUGUCUCCAACCUGCGGAAGGCCGCCUGGACUCCAGGCCUCUCUGCAGCGGCCGGGGCAACUUCAGCACGGAAGGCUGCGGCUGUGUUUGCGAACCGGGCUGGAAAGGCCCCAACUGCUCGGAGCCCGAGUGUCCGGGCAACUGCAGCCUGCGCGGCCAGUGCCUGGACGGGCAGUGCGUGUGCGCCGCGGGCUUCGCGGGCGCCGACUGCAGCGAGCCGGCCUGUCCCUCCGACUGCAACGACCAGGGCCGCUGCGUGCAGGGCGCCUGCGUCUGCUUCGAGGGCUACACGGGGCCCGACUGCGGCCGGGAGGUCUGCCCGGGGCCCUGCAGCGAAGAGCACGGCACCUGCGUGGACGGGCGGUGCGUGUGCCGGGAGGGCUUCGCGGGCGCCGACUGCCGCGAGCCCCUGUGCCUCCACGGCUGCCGCGGCCGCGGGCGCUGCGUGGAGAACGAGUGCGUGUGCGACGAGGGCUUCACGGGCGACGACUGCGGCGAGCUCAUCUGCCCGCACGACUGCUUCGACCGCGGCCGCUGCCUCAACGGCACCUGCGACUGCGACGAGGGCUUCGCGGGCGAGGACUGCGGCCAGCUCGCCUGUCCCCACGACUGCCGCGGCCGGGGCCGCUACUGCGCGCAGCUCGCCUGCCCCGCCGACUGCCACGGCCAGGGCCGCUGCGUGGACGGCCAGUGCGUCUGCCACGAGGGCUUCAUGGGCCGAGACUGCCAGGAGCGCAGGUGUCCCGGCGACUGCCACGGCCAGGGCCGCUGCGUGGACGGCCGGUGCGCCUGCCACGAGGGCUUCGCGGGCCCCGACUGCGCGCAGCGCUCCUGUCCCAGUGACUGUCACGGCCUGGGGCAGUGUGUGUCCGGCCGCUGCAUCUGCCAGGAGGGCUAUGCCGGGGAGGACUGCUCCGAGGUGUCCCCUCCCAAAGACCUUAUAGUGACCGAAGUGACCGAGGAAACUGUAAACCUGGCCUGGGACAAUGAGAUGCGGGUCACCGAAUACCUUAUCAUGUACACGCCUACCCAUGCCGAUGGCCUGGAAAUGCAGUUCCGUGUGCCUGGGGACCAGACAUCUACCACCAUCCGGGAGCUGGAGCCCGGUGUGGAGUACUUCAUCCGUGUGUUUGCCAUCCUGGAGAACAAGAGGAGCAUCCCUGUCAGUGCCAGGGUGGCCACUUACUUGCCUGCACCUGAAGGCCUAAAAUUCAAGUCCAUCAAGGAGACAUCAGUGGAAGUUGAGUGGGAUCCUCUAGACAUUGCUUUUGAAACAUGGGAGAUCAUCUUCCGGAAUAUGAAUAAAGAAGACGAGGGAGAGAUCACCAAAAGCCUACGAAGGCCAGAGACUUCUUACCGGCAAACUGGUCUUGCCCCUGGGCAAGAGUAUGAGAUAUCUUUGCACAUUGUGAAGAACAACACCAGGGGUCCUGGCUUGAGGAGGGUGACGACAACCCGUCUGGACGCUCCCAGCCAGCUUGAGGUGAAAGACAUCACAGACACCACAGCUCUAGUCACCUGGUUCAAGCCCCUGGCUGAGAUAGACAGCAUCGAGCUCUCCUAUGGUGCCAAAGAUAUGCCCGGUGACCGCACUACCAUUGACCUUACACAUGAUGAGAACCAGUAUUCCAUCGGAAACCUAAAGCCUGACACAGAAUACGAGGUGUCCCUCGUCUCCCGCAGGGUGGACAUGUCCAGCAACCCAGCCAAAGAGACCUUCACAACAGGCCUGGAUGCUCCCCGGAAUCUCCGACGCAUCUCCCAGACAGACAACAGUAUCACCUUGGAAUGGAGGAAUGUCAAGGCAGCCAUUGACAACUACAGAAUUAAGUAUGCACCCAUCUCUGGAGGUGACCAUGCAGAAGUUGAUGUCCCAAAGAGUCAACAAGCCACAACCAAAACCAUACUCACGGGUCUGAGGCCAGGAACUGAAUAUGGGAUUGGUGUUUCUGCUGUGAAGGAGGACAAGGAGAGCAAUCCAGCAACCAUCAAUGCAGCUACAGACAUGGAUGCACCCAAGGACCUCCAGGUUUCUGAAACAACAGAGAACAGCCUGACCCUGCUCUGGAGGGCCCCACUGGCCAAGUUCGACCGUUACCGCCUCAACUACAGCCUAUCUACAGGCCAGUCAGGAGAGGCCCAGCUGCCGAAGGACACCACAUCCUAUGUCCUAACGGGGUUGGAACCAGGACAGGAAUACACCAUUGUCCUCACAGCCGAGAAGGGCAGGCACAAGAGCAAACCAGCACAUGUGAAGGCGUCCACUGAACAAAUCCCUGAGCUGGAAAAUCUCACCGUGACUGAGGUUGGCUGGGAUGGCCUCACACUCAACUGGACCGCAGCUGACCAGGCCUAUGAGCACUUUGUCAUUCAGGUGCAGGAGGCCAACAAGGUGGAGGCCACUCAGAACCUCACGGUGGCUGGCAGCCUCCGGGCUGUGGACAUCCCAGGCCUCAAAGCUUCCACUCCUUACAGAGUGUCCAUCUAUGGGGUGAUCCGGGGCCAUAGGACACCUGUGCUCUCUACUGAGGCCUCCACAGUCAAAGAGCCUGAUAUUGGAAACUUAAAUGUUUCCGACGUAACUCCUGAGAGCUUCAAUCUCUCCUGGACAGCUACUGAUGAAAUCUUCGAGACUUUUACCAUUGAAAUUAUUGAUUCCAAUAGGUUGCUGCAGAUGGUGGAAUAUAAUAUAUCUGGUGCUGAACGAACUGCUCACAUCUCAGGGCUCCCCCCUAGUACUGAUUUCAUUAUCUACCUCUCUGGGCUUGCUCACAGCCUCCGGACCAAAACCAUCAGUGCCACGGCCACCACAGAAGCAGAACCGGAAGUUGACAACCUUCUAGUUUCAGAUGCUACCCCAGACGGUUUCCGUCUGUCUUGGACAGCUGAUGAAGGAAUAUUCGACAGUUUUGUACUCAAAAUCAGGGAUACAAAAAAGCAGUCUGAACCACUGGAAAUAACCCUCCCUUCCCCUGAACGUACCAGGGAUGUGACAGGGCUCAGAGAGGCCACUGAAUACGAAAUCGAACUCUAUGGAAUAAGCAAAGGAAGGCAAUCCCAACCAGUCAGUGCCAUAGCAACAACAGCCAUGGGCCCUCCAAAGGAAAUCACGUUCGCAGACAUCACUGAAAAUUCAGCCACAGUCAGCUGGACGGCACCCACUGCCAAGGUGGAAAACUUCCGGAUCACCUAUGUACCCGUGACAGGAGGUGACCCCUCCAUUGUGACAGUGGAUGGAAGCAAAACUGAGACGCGGCUGGUGAAGCUCACGCCAGGGAUGGAGUACCACGUCAGUGUCAUCGCCAUGAAGGGCUUCGAGGAAAGCGACCCAGUCUCAGGGUCACUCACCACAGCUCUGGAUGGCCCAUCUGGCCUGGUAACAGCCAACAUCACUGACUCGGAAGCCUUGGCCAUGUGGCAGCCAGCCAUUGCUACCGUGGACAGCUAUGUCAUCUCCUACACAGGGGAAAGAGUGCCAGAAAUCACGCGCACGGUGUCCGGGAACACAGUAGAGUAUGCUCUGGCUGAUCUUGAGCCUGCCACAGAAUAUACACUGAGAAUCUUUGCAGAAAAAGGGCCCCAGAAGAGCCUCACCAUCACUACCAAGUUCACCACAGACCUGGAUUCUCCAAGAGACUUGACUGCUACCGACAUUCAGUCAGAAACUGCCCUCCUCACCUGGCGACCUCCUCGGGCAUCGGUCACUGGUUACCUCCUAGUCUACGAAUCCGUGGAUGGUACCAUCAAGGAAGUCAUUGUGGGGCCAGACACUACCUCCUAUAGCCUGGCAGAUCUCAGCCCAUCUACCCACUACACAGCCCGGGUCCAGGCACUGAGUGGAUCUCUGAGGAGCAAGCUGAUUGAGACCAUCUUUACCACAAUUGGACUCCUGUAUCCAUUCCCCAGGGACUGUUCCCAAGCCAUGCUGAAUGGAGACACAACCUCUGGCCUCUACACCAUUUAUCUGAAUGGUAACAAGUCCCAGGCACUGGAAGUGUACUGUGACAUGACUUCUGAUGGAGGUGGAUGGAUUGUAUUUCUGAGACGCAAAAAUGGACGGGAAGACUUCUAUCGCAACUGGAAGGCAUAUGCUGCUGGAUUUGGGGACCGCAGAGAAGAAUUCUGGCUUGGGCUGGAUAACCUGAGUAAAAUCACAGCCCAAGGACAGUACGAGCUGCGUGUGGACCUGCAAGACCAUGGCGAUACAGCCUAUGCUGUCUAUGACAGGUUCAGCGUCGGAGAUGCCAAGACGCGUUAUAAGCUGAAAGUGGAGGGCUACAGCGGGACAGCAGAAAGAGAAAUGAGCAUCUUGGAAGGAGAAGCCCAAUCAGCCUCAUCCCCAGGAGUCCCAGGAAUCUUUGUGAUUGGUGUGGUGGGAAGGAAAAUGAUGUGGGACUCCAAGAUGAACAAGAUGGUGGAAGGCUCUAUGUUGAGGAAAGAGGAGUGUGAAGAUGAAGAGGCCCUGGCCUGUCUGAACAACUGCAGAGAGCAGAUAUCAGACCCACCAACAGCACUGGGCCACAAUGUGGACAAGAUUCCAGACUCAGAGCACAAGAAUGAAGUACAGGGGUCAAAGAGUCAAACCUGUGGGAUCAUUAAUCGAGGUAAUUUCCCCGGACAUGGAGGAGGAGCUCUGCCUUGCAUCUUUGAAGUGUUACCAUUAAAAGAGGUGAGUGGAGUCCAAGGAAUCCCCUUGGUUCUCACCAUGCUGCCGAAAGGGAUGAAGGCCGGCAGCAAAAGCAGGAGGAAGCAGAGGGCAUCUCAUACAUUCACAUCUCCAUUCCUUUAUCUUACCAUCAUGUGUGAGAUACGAUCAGAUUCCCCCAAUGGGUGUGAGUCAAAGGGAAAGUCCCCUGGGGACAGUCACCAGCAAACACUGCAGCUUCAGACAACAGAAGGCCAGCAGCCAAUGCUGCUGCUGCUGCUGCUGCUGCUGAACAAGAUAAAUGCCAAGAACUCAGUACCUGAAAAGGGUAGAGUAGGAUCAAGAGGAGGUAUGAAAUUCAAUGGGUUUAAGGACAGAGCAGGGAUAAACGAGCUUGUUCAACGUAUCAUCUUGCCCCACGUAUGCCAACUUUCAGAUAUUUUUGAAUGGUUGAAAUGGUCUUUAGUUGGAAGAAAACCUGGUACCUUCGUUCCACCAACACAAAGAGCUGUUUCAAAUGAAUGGGCUCCCCGUUCAGAGAGUGUCAGGCAACUUCAAAAGCUAUAUAGAAGUUUCUUCUGCCAAGAACUCAAUCUUAAUCUCACCGGCAUCCGGAAAUAUGGUUUGCCUAAGGCCAACUCCAGCCCCUCUGAAACCUAG